AUGUCAGGUGGUGUUACCGCUCACUUUACGAAUGUUAUUUUGCAACCAUUCUCAAGUCAUGUUACGCCCCAACCCGAUGGUACGUAGAUAAUUUAAACAAUGGCUUUUUGUUGUAAAUAGAGCUAGGUUUAAAAUGUACUGUAUGUGGUCCUUUUAAUCUAUUCAUUGCGGUACUCAAACGAAGUUAGGCAUUGCUUUAUAUUCGUUGCGUAAGUUUGUUAGUCUGUUAGUUUGUGAUUUUGUUCAAAAUCAUAAGGUUUUGGUAUUUAUUCAAAAAUAUUAUGUCUUCGCGCUUGUGGUUCACUUGUUUUGCGCAUGAUCCAGGGCACCGCACUGUGGUACUAUGUCUAUAACUUAAAAUACUUUCAUGCAUUGUUGCAGUCAGUAUCUUAGGAGGUGUUAUGGGUGGGCUGGGUGACAGAGGGCACUUUAAUGAAGGGUGCUCUUUUGACAUUAGUCCCCCAUUGCUUUCUAGUUUCUACACCCCUAAUUGUUGUUUUUAUGUAGAAUAUCAUGGUUCUGUUGAUAGUAUUUCUGUUGUGUAGUUAGCCAUGAUUGUAUUUCUAUGUAGGAUAUUGUUGUCGACUUGUCGUGCUGAUUGAACUUUCUUUCUGUUUAUAGGGUAUCGUUGUCCUGCUGACGAUAAGGGUGAUGAUGAUGAUGACGAUAACACUGUCCCAAUUGCAGUCGGUGCCGCUCUUGGGGGGCUGGUACUCAUUGUUCUAGUCGCAUAUAUAAUUGGAAGGCGCCGUUCUAACCGAGGCUAUGAACAAGUUUAA